CUCAGAAAGUAUCGGAAACUUUUACACAACCUUUAAUAGUGCUGGUUCAUUUCCACCUUUGAGACCAAAGGAUCCGUUUCCUCCAAGACCUCAAUCCUUCAUCCCAAGACAUAAGAAGUACAUUGACAGUGCCUAUAUUGAGAGAAACCCUAAUCCUAAGUCAACGGGGUCUACAAGCUAUGCUAAGAUUGUAGCAGGGGUAGCAGUGGCUCUUGUUCUUGCCAUAGGAGGUGCAUUAGUAGGAAUGUAUUUUGCAGGCAUUUUUACGGGGAAUCAGACUGGAGCUUUGUAUUUAAAUGCCACCUCAAAUAAACCAACCACAAUACCACCAAUGAAAACUCAAAUUAAUACCACAAUAACACCUGCAACAACCACAUUUCCAGCAAAAGCUACAACUGCUGAAACAAUUGCAGAUGCAACUGACAGGGGUACAACAAAAGUUAUUGAUACUGUAACCACUGACAAAACAACAGUAACUGAUACAACAAUCCCUGGUACAACAUUUGCAGAUGCAACAACCACUGGUACAACAACAGUUGCUGAUACAACAA